UGUGUUAUACAAAACUUAGUAUCGAAAGUUUCAUAUUCAAAACUUCAAUUUAGUGACUUCGUUUUUUUCACUUUACCCAUUUAGUGAAUUAUAGUUAUGUUAUUAAACGAUUUACCUGAUGAUUGUCUCUGGUUGAUCUUUGACAAAUUUUUCAAAUUAGAAGAGUUGAUUCAAUUGUCUAAAGUUUGUUCAAAAUGGUCCAAUUUGAUUUCCAUACGACUCAAAAAAGUUAAAUAUCUGGUAAAUUGGUUCGAUGUUCAUAAACACGAUUAUUCCAAAAUAUGGAUGGAGAAUCCAAAUACUUUGUCUGAUUACAAUCUUCAAGAGCUUUUACCAAAUCUCAGGAUUGUCAAUUUCCCUUUUGUUUCCGUUGGACAGGCGUCUCACGCGGUCGAUGUCAGAAAAGUGGUGAAUGAUAAUCCGAAAAUAAAAGGAUUAAUUCGAAUCAAUAGUCGCGAUUCUGAUUCAUUCAAUGGGCACAACUUGGAGAAUAUCGAAAUGAUUUCGAUGAAAUCUCUGGAUUUUGAUUACAAAAAAAUCUUUCGACCUGAUCAGUUGAAACAAAUCCACUUGUACGAUGCUUCCAUUGACGAGCUUCCUAAAUGCGCUGAAUAUUUUCCAAAUUUGAAGCGACUCAAUAUUUCGUUUUGUGGUAAAAUUUCUAAAUUCGAGUAUGGUACUUAUAACGGAGUUCGUUUGAUGGACUCUUGUCCUUAUCUUACGAGCGCUUUUAUGAGACUUCCAAUAGGAAAUGUUAAUACUGAUGAAGCUAAAAGGAACUAUAAUCUGAAGGAUUUGGUUAUUGAUCUGCUCCCUUCCGAACUCGUCGCUAUCGAAGCUCGAUCCGUUGAAAAGCGAAAUGUCUUAAACGACUUAGUGGCUAACGCUCAAUCAGCCUUCAACGAUGCCAAGGCUCAAUUUGGAAAAUUCUUCGGCUCAGCUCUUCAACAACAAAUCGCCGAAGCUAAAGAAUCUUUCAUGAAUGGACUUAAGCAACUCCAAGAAUCUGCUGAAGAUCUUCUCGAAGAUGGAGCUGAUGCUCUCAUGAAGAACCUUCCUGGUCUCCAAGGAAUCGUCUCUGAUCGAGUUGACGCCGUCACUGAUUCUUUGGAAUCAUACAUCGAAAAGAACAAGGGUAAAUUAGACGAAGUUCGACAAUUGAUCCUCGACAAUGCUCUCAAGACCUUGAAGGCUCUUAAGGAUCGACUUGAUGCCACUGAAUCAGCUGAAGCCGUUAGCCAAAUUCUCACCUCAGUUGACAACGUUGAGAACCAAGUUGUUAGUGAAGUUUCAGCAGCCAAGUCUCGAUCUCUUUUUGGAAUUAACUGGUCCGGUCUUAAGAACACCAUGACUCAACGAUUUGAUGCCCUCCGAAACCGAUUCGAUGACAUGUUAGACGAAUUCCGAGGAGAAGAUAACAAAAAGAUCCGAGAACAAAAGGGCAAAAUCCAAGGAGCCAUGGAAAAGGUUAACGGUGCUGACAAACUUCCACCCGCACAAAAGAUCGAAGCCGUCAAAGCCGCUACCGCUGAAUUAGACAAGGCUGACGAAGUUGCCGCUUCAGCUGCCUCAUCAGGAGAAAUUAUGCUAAAAGAAGUUUGGAUUUUAAAUUCUUAUCGCUUUGGUGAUUUACCGAGAAUUCUCAAAGAUAAUCCGCAAGUAAAGGGAUUAAUUGGCAAUGCAGAGCUGAGUGGAUGUGGCUAUUUGGAAAAUAUCGAAAUGUGCGCUGCAGUGUUUCAGAACAAAUUCAAUUAUAAAGAAGUUUUUCGCCCUGAUCAGUUGAAACAAAUUCGCUGCUACUUGUUUCAAAUGAAGGAUCUUCCUUCAUUGAUUGAAUAUUUUCCGAAUUUGAAGCGAGUUAACAUAGAACUUCCUGACGUUUUUUACAAUGGACCAUAUUUGUCUUCGUUAAAGAUUCUUGAACUUGGCACACACGAUUUCGUUGAACAAUUCACUGGAUUCCAUUUCAUGGAUUUUUGUCCAUCCUUGGAAAGUGCUUUCAUACAUUGUUGUGCAGAGGUUAUUCAUGUUGAUGAAUCGAUAAAGAAUUACAAUCUAAGAGAUUUGGUUAUCUCAACUAUUCUCAGUAUUCCUGCUGUUUUAUUUGGUGAUGAGUUGGAAUUUGAAGAUAUUUUAACUAUUCCAUGUCUCGGUCCCAGGGAUCAAAAUAAGAUUAGAGCAUUGGUAAACUGUAAUUCAAAUAUCAAAGGUACCUGCAUGCGAAAGCUUCAUAAAUACGUCCAAUACUUUCCAAAUUUGAAGCGACUCAACUUCAAUUGCUGCGAACGUAUCGGGUACUAUGGUCCGCAAUUGUCCAAUUUGAAGAUUCUGGAAUCUUAUUUAUACGGAUGGGAUGGAGAUCUUGAUGAAUUUUAUCUGUUGGACUUUUGUCCAUCUUUAGAAAGCGCUUUCAUCAAAAUUGCGGUACCAUAUGAGCGCGUUGAUUCGUCCAUAAAGAACUACAAUUUGAGAGAUUUGGUUAUUGAAAUAUCACGGGAUGAACAGCUGAACUGGCGUUUUGUACGUGCGCUGUUGUCCAAAUUUCCUAAUUUACAUCAUCUUGCGAUUAGAGGCCCUUGUUUUUAUAGUACUAUAUAUGGUAACGAAACAAAUGAUGAUCGUAUUAAGGAAUUGGUAAAGAUUCUACCAGAAAUAAAACUAUUUGACUUCAGAAAACUCAGAAGAAUCACGCGUAAAUCAGCGGAUUUCUUAUCUAAAUAUUGUGCUGAAUCUAAUCGAUCAAUCAAAAUCUAUUAUAACUGUGAAAAGGAACCAGAUGAUUGGCCAAAAUACGAUACUCCUCGAGAAUCAAUCGUCUACGGAUUCGAUUUCAUGAAACAUUGUUUUUAUAAGAGUUUUUCCAAUCUUCCGGACCUAAUUGAUGAAUAAAAGCAUCUACAUUUUAUUAUAUCAAAUAAUAUUAAUAUUCUUCCAUGGAAGAAGCGA